AUCUGUCAAAAAAGUGUCAACAGAAAGAGCAGGAAUAGUGUCAGUUUUGUACACAAAUGCCUUCGCUUGGACGUCGCAGUAGCUAGUCCAUAAAUUACCGGUCAUCGUCCCUCCACAACAGAUGUUACAGUAAAUAAUGAGUAGCUGGGCUCACUUUAUGAGGUUAAAGUUGAACCCUUCAGCUCCCUCAUCUUGUUCAGCCCCUCCGUCCAGCCACACCCCCUUUUGAGGCACAAAGGGUCAACUUUAAUCUGCUGCGGUGUUCUUUGUGCAUGUGCAUGUGUGCUUGCUCAGGUCAUGAGUGGCACAGUCCGACAGAUCACUGUAGCUUCUGACCCAGGCACCCCUUACUUCCUGCGAGUGGACUGGGUGGAAGACCUCGGUGCUGGGUUCACAUUAGCUCUCGCUGAUGGCAGCUCGGCAUGGAUUGGAGAAGUUUCGGAAGAUGAGGUGACAAGGGAGGCCAGUGAUAUGGGAGCCACAAGGAAAAGAUAUGUAGAGGAUCUCCUUAAAGCGCUAACAGGAGGUGAAGGAGGAAGAGGAGGUGGAAGGAGAGGCGGCGACACGGAGGUGUAUUCUUUCCACAUCACUCCAGAUCACUGUCAUCUCUCGUAUCGGAAGACCUGUAAUGACAUCUCGGUGCACUUGGGUUCAGUUGAGCUCCAGCCAGCUCCAGAUCCUCUAGAGCUGAACCGGGCGAUGAUUGGCCAGUCCCUAAAGCGCAGUUCAGAUUUGGAGUCAAAAAACAUCCAGCUGCUGGAGGAGAACUGUAGACUGAAACAGGAGCACAAGAGAAUACGUCGAGAGCUGGAGCAGCAGGUAAAGGAUAAGGAGAUGUUGGAGGGGGCGCUGUACUCACGUUUUGUCAUGGUGUUAAAUGAGAAGAAGGCAAAGAUCAGAGGCCUGCAGGAGGCUUUCCGACAGCUCCAACAGACUAAUGACCAGCAGAGAGAUGAGGAGCAGAGACAGAGUGACAAUGCCACAACACAUAGUGAAGAGGACAGUCAGGAAAGAAGAGAGGAGACAGUUCAGAGUGUCCAUCCAUCUCAGGAGCCAACAAUUCUCAUCACAGGACAUAACCUGGCGAGCCAGGGCAUCUCUUUGGACCGGACUUUUUCAGAUGAGGAAGAUGAACAACCAAGGCGGAAGCGUAGAUUUCUUGACACCCAAAGCCCAGAACUUUCUGAGCAGGAGUGAAACAGCAGCUUUAGGUCCUGAGGUCAUCACAGUGUGUCUUCACACUGACAGUAAUGAACUUAUUGAGACCUAUUCAGGGUCCAUAUCUGACCAUUCUACCUUUGACAUCUGGAACUUCCUGCCGUCUUUUAUGAUUGUGAUGAUACCGAAAUGUCAGCUGAAGACCACGGGUGGCCGCCAGGAUAAUCCCACAACACGCGCUUGCUGCUUUAGUAAUCCCCACAGGAAUGUUACACCCUCUCCUCCAUACAUCCCAUAAAUAAGGCAUUUUACAUAGGGAAAGGCCCGAUCAGUAUAUAAGGAUAAUUUACAGAUGAAUGCAUGACAAUGUGCAAUGGAGGAUGAGACAACGUUUGAAAGAUUAGGCAACUAUACUGAAUAUUUCAGUCAGUGGAUUCAUUUAGAAUAUUAUGAUAACGUGCUUAGUUAUUGAAUGCAAAAUGUUCUUGAACAGGCCUGUUUGU